AUGUCCUGGUCGUCGUUCACAGCAUCGCUGAGGAAUUUCGGCUCGCGAGUGGGCGAAUUUUUCUCGAGGAAAAAGAAGGACGCCGGCAAGGAAGCCGAACAAAUCGAAAAUGCGACAGAGGCUCAAGUUCAAAACGCUACCAAAGCAGUAGAGAAAGACCUCCAAAAUGCAUCACAUAACAUAAAUGAAGCUGUUAACAACACCAAAAACGCGUUGAACGAGGACUUAAACGCCGCAGGAAGAAAAACCGAAGAAACCGCCCAGGCCGUCCGAAAAUCCCUGCAUGAAGCCGCCGAAAACAAACUUCGCGAAGCCGACCAAGCGGCCAAAUCGGCCGAGCAGAAAUGGCGCGAAACCGAGGCCCAAGUGGCCGCCAGAGUGAAGGAGACCGAAGAAUUCGCCGAGGCCAAACGCAAGGAACUGAAAGCCGGUUUGACGGACCUGGAGAAGGCCGCCGAAGCUCAGCGCGAGCACCUUUCGAAAUUCGUUGAAGGCGGCAUUCAUGCAGGCCAGCAGGCUGUCGGUCAAGCCGCCGGCGAAGCCGAAGCCAGAAGAAAGGAACUCGCCGGUGACAUUCACCAAUUCGGGCAUAAGAUGCAGGAAGCAACGUCGAAAGCUGCCGAGAACAAGAAACACGAACUCCAACAGCUAGCCGGCGAUGUUGACAAGAAACUAGCUGAAACAGCCCAUUCGGUCGAAGCUAAACGCAAAGGUCUUAUAGCAGGAGCGCAGAAUGUAGCUCACGACUUGGAUCACAAACUCCACGAUACAGCCGAAGCCGCUGAAGCCAAACGACAAGGCCUUAUCCACGGUUUGCAAAACGUAGCUCACGAUAUCGAUUCGAAAUUACACGACACAGCCGAAGCUGCUGAAGAGCAACGCAAAAACCUAGUAGCAGGUGCCCAAAACGUAGCUUCUAAUAUAGGUAACAAACUCCACGACACAGCCGAAGCCAAAAAGAAAGAAAUUGUCGACUUCUCGCACGAUGCAGCCAAAGCAAUCGACUCUAAACGCCACGAAGUAGCUUCGGGUAUCCAAAACGCCGCUCAAAAAACCGUUGAAGGUGCACAAGGCUUAGCCAAAAGCGUCGACGAUAAACUAAAAGACACCGCAAACGCAGCGGAAGCCAAGCGACAAGAACUAGCGUCGAACGCGCAGCACUUGGCUGAAGCCGCCGAAGCGAAGAAGCAACAACUAGCGGCCGGCGCUAAAGAUGCCUUCAACAAAACCGCCGAAGGAGCUCAGAAUGCAGCCAGGAGCGUCGAUGAGAAGCUCAAAGAAACCGCCGAAGCCGCCGAAUCCAAGCGCCAGGAAUUAGUAGCCGGAGCUCAGGGCGUUGCGCGGAACAUCGACAACAAAAUUCACGAAAGCGCCGAAGCUGUUGAGGCCAAAAAGCGGGAACUCGAAGCUGGAGCGCAGAAUGCGGCGCAAAAAGUAGCCGAAGGCGCUCGAACCGUCGACAAGAAACUCAAAGAUGCCGCCAAUGCGGCCGAGGCCAAUCUGAUAUCGGGCGUUCAAAGCGCCGCCAAAAACGUCGAUAGCAAAUUAAAAGACGCUGCUCAAGCAGCUGAAGCUAAAAAAGAAGCUGUGGUUUCGGGUGCGCAAAAUGCAGCGCAAGAAGCCGUGCACGGAGCUCAGAACAUUGCCAAAGCUGUCGAUGGUAAAUUGAAAGAAACUGCACAAGGCGCCGAAAAUGCAGCGCAAAACGCCGCCCAAAGAAUUGAUAGCGCAGUAGAGAAUGCUAAAGAAGGAGCCAAAAAUGCCGCUAGAAACGUAGACAACAAAAUCAAAGAAGCUGCCGAAGCAGCCGACGCUAAAAAGGAACAACUAAUAUCUGGCGCUAAGCACGCUGCACAAGAGAGCGUACAAGGCGUACAAAACUUCGCUAGGAACGUUGAUAACAAAGCAAAGGAAGCUGCCGAUGCAGCCGAAGCUAAGAAACAAGAGCUAUUAUCUGGAGCUAAACAUGCUGCACAAGAAAGCGUACAAGGCGUACAAAACUUCGCUAGGAACGUUGAUAACAAAGCAAAGGAAGCUGCCGAUGCAGCCGAAGCUAAGAAACAAGAGCUAUUAUCUGGAGCUAAACAUGCUGCACAAGAAAGCGUACAAGGCGUACAAAACUUCGCUAGGAACGUUGAUAACAAAGCAAAGGAAGCCGCCGAAGCAGCCGAAGCCAAGAGACAAGAAUUGGUAGAGGGAGCGCAGCACGUUGCGCACGAAACGGCCGAAGGGGCGCAGAAACUGGCGAGGAACGUCGACAACAAAAUGCACGAAGCCGCCGAAAAUGCCGAAAAUAAAACGAAACAACUCGCCCAGAACGUUAAAGAUGUCGGGCAAGCUGUGCACGAUAAAUCUGCUCAGGCUUUCCAAAAGGGAAAAGACGAUAUUAAUUCUGGUCUGCACGCUGCUGAGAAUAAAUUAACUGAAGCCGGUAACAACGUAAAGGAUGCUUUGGAUAACACUAAGAAAAACGCACACGACUUGGCCAAUCAGAAGAAGCAAGAAAUCGAAAGCGGUUUGAGCGACUUCGGCCACAGCGUUGACAACAAAUUGAGCGAAACUGGGAAGUUCUUCGACAACAAGUUCCACGAUACGGCGAACUUCUUGGAGAAGGCGAAGCACGACCUGAAGCAGGAGGCUGAUGAUAGCAACAAACGAGCACAGGCCGGUUUAGGCGAAGUCGCCGACGCCGCCAAGGACAUAUUCGGGGGCGGAUUGUUCUCCAAAAAAUAA